AAUAACUUUAUGAUAAUAAUAAUUAUUAAGACAAGUGAUUAAGCAAAAUGAUUGUGAAACUGUGUUUUUUCCUGUUCCUGCUUAAAUACGGGUCAUGUUCCAUCAUCAUCCCGGAGGAGUUGCCCUCGCUGCUAUCAGUGGCAUACUCCAACAUCCCUCCUAUAAAGAAAGGCACAGACUCCCGAGUCGGCUUCGGCUUCGCGUUCGGCAACCAUGCUGAUUUCCAAGUCAUGUUGGAACUGGGACCUCAGACCAACACCAAGAACCUCACGGGAACAGGGUUUUCUUCUUCAAACAGCAAGCGUCAAGCGCCAUCUCCAGUGCCACCGAAAAUUUUUAAAAAUAGAGAAAAGUAUCUCCAAACGGACGCCAGCAAAUUCCUCCAAAACUGGGCCCAAAAGAUGAAGUACCCAAAACCGGCGUCCCGUCCCGCGCCCCCUCGUCCCGGGGACGUCCCGAACUUGGAAGAAUCAGUGGUGGAACUGGUGAAGAACGAGAAAGGGGAGUAUGAGAUUCACCAGCCUACCCCUGGGAAUCUGCCGAAGAGUAUCCUGGAUGAUUUGAAGAGAUUAUAUGGAAUCAAAAAAGAAGAAGCAAAGAAGUUGUCAGAAAAGAAGAGGACAGAGGAAGAGGUUAAGAAGAUAACAGAAGACCUGUCAAACGUCGAUAUGGAUUAGACUAUAUUAGUUUUAGGAUUAGAAUAAAAAGAUUUAAAGAUAAGGCUUAUUUUUUACGGAUAUUUUGUUAAAAGAUAUUUGCUCAAAAUAAAUAUAAAAUGACAAUGGCCAUAAAAUAUUCAAGUAUAAA